GCGGGCUCCACCCAGUCGCCGCACACAGCCUCCGGCACACGUCAGAGACGGAACUGCAGCGAAUAGAAGCAACGAAGGAACUAGCUGAGAGAACUUAGUCGUCACCAGGAUGACCCGUUACUCAAUCGUCACUCUUCUCUUGGCAGGCGCGACGCUGGUGGCACUGUGCGCGGCGACGUGCGACUUCUGCGGCCGCGAGUGCUCCAAGGCGUGCGGCACCAACUACUUCCGCACGUGCUGCCUCAACUACCUGCGCAAGCGCAGCGGGCCGCCCGGGCUGCACCUGGAGCUGAUGCUGCUGCCGCCGGAGGCCGGCGCGGCCAGGGCCUCCGCGAUGGCCGACCGCCUGCGGGGGGAGCGGGAGCGCGCAGCAGCCGCGGCAGCCGGCAGGCGCGCGCCGGGCGCCGACGGCGACGCCGAUGCCGACGCCGUGCAGUACAUUUACAGUGUCUAGCUGACCCUUGCACACCGGCCUCGCCUCUAACGUGUAUCAUGUGAA